AGAACUAAGAGUCCGUUGUGCCAAUAUCAACACUCUGUCUGAUUUUAUUAAAGGUUUUAAUAAAAUAUUUAUCCUUACAAAAUUACUUAGGAUUGUCAUUUUGACGUAAGUUACGUGCGAAAAUGUGACAGAGACAAGAAAAUACACACACCGAACCUUUGAGGGUUGUAAAGAUAAGUUUCAAUAAAUGUCAAGGCGUUAUUACUAAAGUUCAGUUCACAAAAUGAAGACGGUUUUGAUCACCGGAGCCAACAGGGGCCUCGGCCUCGGGAUGGUGAAAUAUCUCACUAAACAGAACACGGCAAAGAAUAUAAUCGCGACGUGCCGGACCGUGUCCGAGGAACUAAAAACAUUGUCUGCAGCAAAUAAAAACCUGGUUAUUUUGAAUUUGGAUGUCAAGAACACAUCUAGUUUCGAUGAAGUGUCCUCACAAAUAAGUAAAAUAGUUGGCGAACAUGGGCUGAACCUAUUGAUAAACAAUGCUGGUGUUACGACAAAGUUCACUAAAUUGCCAUACGUGAAAGCUGAACAAUUGUUGGACAAUUUAACCGUCAAUACCAUUGCUCCAAUUAUGCUCACAAAGUCUUUACUGCCCAUUCUGAAACAAGCUGCGGAAGCUAAUAAUGAGAAACCAAUGGGAGUCCAUCGUGCCGCGGUCAUUAACAUGAGCUCGAUUCUCGGAUCUAUUGCACAAAAUGAUCAAGGUGGCUUUUAUCCUUACAGGUGUUCUAAGGCAGCUUUGAAUGCAGCCACGAAAUCGAUGAGUGUCGAUUUGAAAAAAGAUAAUAUUCUAGUAGCAUCGAUGCAUCCUGGCUGGGUCAAGACGGAUAUGGGGGGCAAGAAUGCGCAUCUCGAUGUUGAAACUAGUGUUUCGGGAAUAUUUGACACCAUAAAUAAACUUUCUGACGCAGAUACUGGAAAGUUCCUUAACUAUGACGGCUCGGAACUGCCGUGGUGAUGAAAAAUUAUUUUUCAUUGUGUAAUUAAUUUUAACGCAUAUAUACCAACACAG